AUGUCUAAAAUUUCGGGAACAAGUAAAGAAUUACGUAUAACUCGACACUGCGAACUAAAUAGAUUUGUUGCUCUUGUUGAUCAGAGAGCAAAACAUUCGUCAGGCCUAGCAAUUCACCAAGAUAUUAUCCCAUGUAAAACCGAUUUUCAAAAUAAAAAUCAAAAUAAAGUCGCAAACAUCGAGAAAUCAAAAUAUUAUCGCCAAGCAGAGGAAAAUUAUAAGAAUAGAGGCAAACCAAAUCCCGAUUUGAUUAGAAAUAUUAAUGCUAAGAAAGAAGCAAGUGAAAAAACAAAGAAAAAUCUUAAACAAUACCAACGCAAAUUGCUCCAAGGAACAAAAACAGUCCAAUCUUUCGAAGUGGCAUCUCAACAGCCAGAUGCAAGAACUCUUGCAAUAAUUCGUCACCUAUAUCUUGUAGGUGCUCUCCCAGAAAACUUACAAUUUAAUUAA